CCAUGGCCUUGGACUGCCGAAUCUAUAUCACUAGCAAAUGAACAAGGAAACUCAUACUCUGUGAAAAAAACAGUUCAGUUUCUUAGAAGCAAAUCAAUUAAUACAUCGAUUACACAGAAUACUCCAGCCAAUGAUCAACUGAAUUUAAAAGCCCCACUUCACU